UAAUCGCUAUUUCGUUCUCAAUCGCUGGCCAUUCAAUUUUUUUAAUUUAUUUGUCUGUUCUGUUCUGUUCUUCUUCUUCUUCUUCGUGCCAUUAUUCUAGAAGUCAGAAGAAAGAAGAAGAAGAAGCAGGAACUGGUAAUUCUCUUUGUUCUUUCUUCAAUUACUGGUUCGAUUUGGUCUGGAGAGGUCGUCAGAGCUUAGAGUUGCAGGUGGCUUGAUUUUGGUUGAUUUGUUCUAUUGUCGAAGAAGAUCUAAGAGGAACAAUGCUGUAAGUUUGUUUCUUUGUGCGUUUGAUGACGAUUUGGUUGUUCGAUCACGCGGAGAAGAAUUUGGGAGUUCAUUGGAGUUUUUUUCCCCAGUUAGUGCUGCUUAAUGUUGAGUCAACUAUGUUGUUUUGCUUCGAUUUCAUUUGAGGAUCUUUGUCAAGCGGACAUUGGAGGGAUCUGGGUUAUCUCUGACGCUAAAGGAAAGGAGAAGGAAACAAUAAAAUAAGAUAAAAAUCGGAACUUUGAAAUUCCAACAAAGUAACUCAUUCUGUUUUGGGCGAUCGGAGAAAAAAAUUUGACGGAAAAAUUAACAAAGAUGAUGCGAAUGAAGACGAAGAAGACUAAGGGCAUGUCGGCCUUGAACGGCGACUUGGCUGGAGGUGUCGGUGGAUCGGAGGUUUUAGAUUGGGAACUUAGACCAGGUGGAAUGCUGGUACAGAAGCGGGAUCCAGAUUCCGAUAGAGUCUCUGUUGCACCCACCAUUAGAGUUAAGGUCAAAUACGGUUCCUCUUAUCAUGAAAUCUACGUCAGUUCUCAAGCCUCCUUCGGAGAGUUAAAGAAGUUAUUGACGGCGCCGACAGGGUUGCAUCAUGAAGACCAGAAGCUGAUGUUCAAAGACAAGGAGAGACAAUCUAAUGCCUAUCUGGAUAUUGUGGGAGUGAAAGACGGAUCAAAGCUCGUUCUUGUGGAAGACCCAAUUAGCCGGGAAAAAAGGUACCUUGAAAUGCGUAAAAAUGCUAAGAUGGAGAAGGCUUCCAAAUCCAUCUCGGAAAUCAGCUUGGAAGUUGACAAUCUCGCAGCCCAGGUAUCUGCUCUCGAAUCUGUUAUAUCGAAAGGUGGGAAAGUUGCAGAAACUGAUGUGUUGAAUCUGAUUGAGUUGUUGAUGAACCAAUUGAUCAAAUUGGAUGGUAUAAUUGCCGAUGGAGAUGUGAAAAUGCAGAGGAGAAUGCAGGUGAAGAGAGUGCAGAAGUAUGUCGAAACUCUGGACCUGCUGAAGGUCCGGAACGCCAUGUCCAGUAGCAAUUACAAUGGUAAAAUCAAUGGCGGUCAAAUGCAACAGCAACAGCAACAGCAACAGAAACAGAAGCAUUCAACUGGGGAAGUGGCAGAGCAAAUGCCAUCGCCAAAACCAAAGCCAAUGCUGCAGCAGCAGCUGCCGAGGCAUUCAACGGGUAAAAUUUCAAGCCUACGGCAGCAGUCGCAACAACCUGUGAGGCAUUCAGCGUCAGGCACAGUUGUGACAACCCAGUGGGAGACAUUUGAAUUUGAUGUACCGGCAUCCUCCACAUCAACCGCCGGUGCCACCGGCACCCAAAGCCAAAGCCAAAAACAGAGCCCUCCUAGUAAGUUCAGCUGGGAUUUCUUUCAUCAGUAGUAAUAAGUACAUAGUCCAAACUGAAAAUAUUGCUUCAUGGAGAGAGUCAUCAAAGAGAAAUGAUGGGUAAAUUUAGUGGGUAGCGUGUGAUUCUGGGUUUGCCUUUUACUCGGUUUGGUCUCUCUAUAGUCUAUACUCCAUUCUUUUUCUGUAUUUAGAUUUUGGAGCAUCCAUAAAGCCAUCCGCUUUGUUUACUUAAUUCGAUCCAGCAGAAAUAAAAUGGGAAGGUCGUUAUGAUUGUUGGGCACUUCAUUUUUAGAUUUUUUUUUUUUUUAAUUCGACCUUUUUCUGUUCCUUUGGCGUUUGUCUGCCAUUUGUAUGCAUGUGUAAGACAUUUAUGUAAAUUUAUAUAAAUUUGUUACACGAAAAAGGUUAGUGCUUGGAAGAUAAAGGGAUAAAGUGUAGUUUGGGAAUAUGAACUCAGUUAUUCCAUCCUAUUGUAGAAUUUGUUGCAGUAA